AUGGGGUCUACCGAAUUUGGAAAUUUUCAUCUUUUAUCUCAGAACCACGAUCAGAAUGGCAAUUGGGGAGGCUGCCAGCUCACGGGUAUCUCCCUGAGCGGAGGGCGGCAUCUGGGAAAUUUAGGAUCAAUCCUCCUCGCCGGAGCUGCCAUUGUUACCGCCGUCUUUCUCCUGUUGCGAUCCGAAAAGAAGCGAGCUGCCGUUGGUCGAAGGGAGAUGCAAAUGUUUCUCGUCGGCUACAUCAUCAUCAGCAUAUGCGAGAUCUUCUCAGUAGGAGAGUUCCCACUGAAUAGCACCGUGAGAAUUGCUUUCUCUGCUAUACAUAUUGGCAUGAUCAUUGCCACGUGUUGGAUUUUAAUGCUUAAUGCCGUUGUUGGGUACCAGAUCAUCGACGAUGGAACGCCACUCUCAAUCGCUCUAAUCGCCAUCUCGGCUCUUCUGUUGCUUAUCGGAACUGGCUACAUCGCCCUCGACACCGGCUUCUCGUGGACCGGCUACUGGGACGCUAGCUAUGAUGCUCCCAGGAACCGAAACAUCGCCCUUUACGUCCUUUACCAACUGGUCCCUCUAAUCCUCCUCGUCGCCUUCCUUGUUCUUGAGGCUAUCCUUGUAAUUCGAAUUCUGGGCGAGACGCGUCCUAUGAUUUAUCUUGCCGCCGCAGCUCUUCUUUUCGCCAUCGGUCAGGUCUUCAACUACGCGAUCAGCAAGUAUAUCUGUGACGGCACGAGUGGAAAGAUUGAUGGCGCCCUUUUCCAGACGCUAUUCACCCUGUUAUCCGUUAUCAUGGUUUGGGUUUUCUGGUCCAGUAUCACUGAGGACGACUGGCCCAUGCCGGUAGCCAACACCUACCCCUGA